AUGGCCAAGCUUUUUCUUGUCGCCGCACUCCUCCUCGCCGCCGCCGCCGCCGCGCCGGCGCUCGCGUCGUCGUCGUCGUCGUCGUCGGGGGACACAAACAACACGGCGGCGCCGACGGCGUACGAGAUGGUGGAGCGGUACGGCUUCCCGCGGGGCAUUCUCCCGGAGGGCGUGCAGUCGUACGUGCUCCGCCCCGACGGUUCGUUCGAGGUGCUCCUCUCCGGCGACGGCGUCGGCGGCGGCGGGGACUGCGAGUUCCGCGUGGGCGACGGCGGCGCGUACCUGCUCCGGUACGGGCGGCGCAUCGCCGGGAACGCGAGGGAAGGGUCGAUCCGGUCGCUGGAGGGGGUGAGCGUGAAGGUGCUGUUCGCGUGGCUCGGCAUCGGCCAGGUCGACCGCGCCGGCGACCAGCUCAGGUUCUUCGUCGGCCCGCUCUCCGCCUCCUUCCCGCUCGCCAACUUCGCCGACUGCCCGCGCUGCCGCUGCGGCUUCGACUGCGCCGGCGGCCACGCCAUCGCCGCCGCCUCGUGAUCGAAUGCGCCGCCGCGUGUUCUUGGCUCUUGCUCGACGCGUACACCCUUCACAAAAUCUGUAAUUUUUAUGUUUAAAAAUAUGUAAUUUUUUUUUCUAUUUUUGGCCCA